CAAAUGAAAAUUAUAAUAAAACUGAUAACAAUAAUACAACAUUAAUUAAAAGUGGUAUCGAAGAUAAAUUCGAUAUGCAUCCCAUAUUAAAUUCAACAAAUAAAUCUAACAAUAACAAAACCGAUAAUACAUCUACAACAAAUAAACCAGAUUAUGUGGAAAUAUUAACAAUCGAGCCUAACACUAAUAAUACAACUCAACACAACAUUAUUGAAGUACUAAAACAUUUAAUGCCAAAGUUAAAUAAUUCAAAUAACAAAGAACUUCACAGCGUCACAAUAAUUGAAAGGAAUCAUAGUAAAAAUCAUUCAAUUUCAGAAACUAAGAAUAUAUCAACUCUAGUUCUUAAGUACUGUGACAAAGGUAACAUAACUAGUGCGAAUAUAACUGAUGAUAAGAAAACAAAAUUAACAGAUGAAGACGAAACUGGAGCAGAUUAUGCAAACAAAGAAUUACCAGUCGUCGACCAAGAUACUAUUGAAGAUGAUUACGAUAUAGAUAAAGAAAAUUCUGAAUUUAAUGACAAAGAAGUAGCCAGUGGAAAUUCAUCGUUAAAUAAAAACAAAGAUGUGUUGGAAGCUGCUGAAUAUGGAAUGCAGAAAAUGCACGAACUGUACAGCGUGUUAGAGCCGAAGUUGUAUUCUAUGGGCUUGUGGUUAGAUGACACCAAUCCAGCACGCUACGUAGCAGCUUUCAAUGCUCCCUCGGAAGAAUCUGCCAGAUACUCUCGCUACGGCUACGCGACUUUACAAGCAGCUACUAAACUGAAACAACUUAACAGAGGCGAUGCUGAUAGCGAUGGCGAUAACAGCGCGGGGGCGGAGAGCAGGACGGAAGCGGGGAUGUUCCCCGCAGCAAGCGCGCUGCGCCAGUCCGCGCUGCUCGACCAGUGUCCGUUGCGCACCGUACCCAAGUGCCCGCCGGCCUCCAAACGAUACCGCACGCACGAUGGCACGUGCAAUAACCUGAGCCGUCCACGUUGGGGCUCCACCAUGACGCCCGUGCAGCGCUUCCUGCAGCCAUCCUAUUCCGACGGCAUCCAGGCCCCGCGCCGCUCCGUCUUCGGCAGCAAGCUACCCUCGGCCCGGGAGAUCAGCUCGUUGGUGCACGAAGACCAGAACGUGGAGAACCACGGCAUCACACAUCUCCUCAUGCAAUGGGGGCAGUUUUUGGAUCACGAUGUGACGUCCUCUUCUCAGUCCCGAGGAUUCAACGGAUCCGUGCCGAGGUGUUGUAAAGACGGUGGAAGGGAUUUUAUGCCUAAAGAGCUAAUGCACCCGGAAUGCCUGCCGAUCGCGGUGCCACCAUCGGACCCGUUCUACGGCCCGCGAGGCGUGCGCUGCCUGGACUUCGUGCGAUCCUCACCGGCGCCGCGCGACGACUGUGCGCUUGGCUGGCGCGACCAGCUCAACCAGGUCUCCGCUUAUAUCGACGGUUCUCCUCUAUACGCGAGUUCCGCUAGGAAGUCUGAUAAACUCAGGUUGUUCAGGAACGGCAUGCUACAGUACGGGCGUGUGCAGCAGCGGCGACCGGUACUGCCCCCAGAACGGCGAGACGAGCUAUGCCGCGGCGGUGCAGUCUCCAGCGACUGCUUCCGCUCCGGCGAUGCGCGCGUCAACGAGCAUCCCGGCCUCGUCGCCGCUCACAUCGUCUGGCUCCGACAGCACAACCGGAUGGCGCAAGAGUUGGCGCAUUUGAACCCGCACUGGAGCGACGAGAAGAUCUACCAGGAAACACGCAAGAUCAUCGGCGCCAUGCUGCAGCACAUCACUUACCGAGAGUUCUUGCCCGUCGUUUUGGGAUCAGAAGUUAUGCGUCUCUUCGAACUGGACCUUAUGAAGAAAGGUUACUUCAAGGACUACAACCCAAAGAUCAACCCCAACCCGGCGAGCUCGUUCGGGUCCGCCGCGUUCCGCUUCGGACAUAGCCUCGUGCAGCCAUCUAUGGUCAGGUUCGACAGGUUCCAUAGGCCCAUGGGCAACAAUGUAUCUCUCCACAAUGAAAUAACUAAUCCAUCAAACAUCUGGAGCAUGGGCGCAGUGGACCGCUUGCUCAUCGGUAUGAUCAACCAGCCCAUACAGAAGCGGGACGAAUUCAUUACGGAGGAAUUAACAAACCAUCUGUUCCAAACGCCUCACUUUGAUUUCGGCAUGGAUUUAGCAGCGAUCAAUAUACAGAGAGGGAGAGACCAUGGGGUACCAGCGUACACCUCGUGGAGAGAGCCGUGUGGACUGUCAACUAUCACCGAUUUCGAGGACUUGGCCAGGGUCAUGCCGAAGAGAGUCGUCAGGAAACUAAAGAACUUGUACCGGCAUGUUGAUGAUAUAGAUCUAUUCACUGGAGGCAUGGCAGAAAGACCUGUUAUUGGCGGCCUAGUGGGGCCAACUUUUGCUUGUAUAAUAGCACAACAGUUCUCAAAUUUGCGCAAAGGCGAUCGAUUUUGGUAUGAGAAUGGAGGUUUCGAAUCAUCUUUCACGCCAGCGCAGUUACAACAAAUUCGACGCAUAUCCUUAGCCCAAAUACUCUGUCGUACCCUCGACACGAUCGACAGUAUUCAACCUUUCGCUUUUCUUUCACCUGACAACCCCGACAACGAGAGAAUUUCUUGCCAAAAUGGACUAUUAAAUAACUUUGACUUAUCGCCCUGGAUUGAAGUAUCCUCUGACUCUAAUAAUGACAUCAAAAAAUCUGACAAUGACCCUUCUUCUACUUUAAAACCUAAUACAAAACCAACUACCACUACAAGACCGAUCACGACUAAAAAAAGCCAAAAACUCACUUCGACUAUUAACAAAACACCACAGAAUCGACCUGUUAACCAAACGACUAGACCACAUAAAGUUAGUCAUAAGCUUAAUGGCACUGACUUGACAAAUAAUGACACAGACAAACCGACUGCAAGUACUACAACAAAACCUAAAACCACAGUACAGACGUUGACGAUUGACGACAAACUUGACUUUAAAAACAAAAGCAGCCGUUACAGCGACUUCGAAAGUAUUAUAACGAGACAUCGCGCACCGACUAGGUACUACAAUAACUACAAUGACUAUGACGACAACGUGCAAAGCGUACAAUCACUACUGGUUAACAAUUUACAACAGAAACGACCCUACAACAGACCCGUAAUUACUGUGACUGAAAACGUAGACAAAUACACUUAUUUAAUCAACUAUGUUCCCCGACCGACACAGUCCUGGAGACAGACAACGAGAAAGACACACGACAGGGACGUAGUUAAAGUUACAUAUCAAUCUUACGACGACACAUACGACCGACGACCGAACAGACCGUAUUACUAUGACAGUAGGCGACCGAACAAACCUUACUACAACAGACAUGACUCUGAAGACGACAUUGACUCUUACAGACGUGACAGUUCCGACACACAACUGACAUAUAACUUCAAUUCAACAGCUAGAUCUACUGACAAGGACUUAAAUAAAACCAAACUCAAUACGACGACGGACAAAAACGACAAAAUCGACACUACCACUGAAAACCAAUAUAAGUUGACGACUUUUAGUUACGUAGGUACUUACAGAGGUGACAAUGCUGACAAAACGACUAAACCAGACAAAACGGAUGCAGUAGACCAAAAAAAUGACAAAUACGACAGUAUGAGCAAAGACUUUACAACAUUUGAGGCAAAGGAUAAGGAUCAAGAGAGAGGUCCAGAUCACAUGACUAAUGCUGACAAAAUAUCAACAUUCUACCUUUAUGAAACUGCAACAAAACCUUACAACUUGAACAGACCGACGAGACGUAACGACGAAGAAAACAUUGACUUAAGAAACAAAAACAAAUAUUAUUACGUUAGAAAUGUUUUACACAAAUAUCCUGAUACCGAUUCAAAUUUAGCCAAAAGAAACACAGCAACAAACGAUGGUAUCGUAAAGAAAAACUACAACCAUCCCGGAGUCUCCAACACUGGUAUAGAGGAAAGAUCCGCCGCAGACAAAGUUUCAUCACUAGCUGCGACGGAACCCAAAGCUAUGCACUCGGAGAAAUCCAAAAUUAAAGCCCCAAAACCUUCAAGUUCCCCGAAAACGCCUUCAGUAGCAUUUCAAGUAAUUCCCAGUGAAAACAGUCCAUCACAAUGGGCAGUUUACGAAGAGAAUGCCGACUUACCUGAAGGUCUACCGCAACGGAUGCCUUCACUCAAGAUCGAUCCUCACGCGUUAAGAGAAAUACCAAGACCCAUUAAUCUGUCGCGCCCCGUGCGGCGCCGCCCUGAAGGAAGAUUGUAGGAAAAAAAUUAAUUUGGUGCUUGCUUUAAUUUAACGCGAUGUCUUCAAUAAGAUAAAAAAAAAUACUAUUGAAGACGCCGCGUUGAUGUUUUAAAUUUAGACAAAAAUUAUGUUCUUAUGUAGGAUAAAAUCCUUUCAUUAAACUAUGACCGACAUGACCGUUGAUGACUGGACUGUAAUAACAUGACAUGACUACUUGAAAUACUCUGACAAAACACAACAAUAAUUUUAUUUUGAUGACAUGACAAGAAUUUAACUUGUAAA